UCCCGUCGGUAAUGAGUGGUGGCGCGGACUAUGCUGUAUAGAGUUUGUUAUGAAAAAAAAUAUUUGUACUAAUUUGUAGUGUAGUCUUUUUGGGAUCUUUACCACUACUAACUCCGAUCACCUAAAUAAACUACAAAGUGACAAAGGUCGAAUUAUCAACAUUUUAAUUUGUUUACCUAAAGGGCGAUCUGCGUUUUACGGACAAUAAAGCGAUUGGUACAGUAUUAAAGAAAACUAUUAAUUAUUAAGCGCAGCUUUAUAUAAUUAAAGCCAAGCUGUUGACGCCGCUCCGAAGUAAAAUUCGAAGAAUUCAGGACUGAAGCAUUUUUUCUUUUAUAUAUUUCCCAGUAAAUAUUUAUCGCCAUGGAUGAAAAUGAAAUAUCGAUUAUAAGCAGCAAGGACUUCGCAAAUGUUUUGGAAAUUUUGGAGAAAUUUAUGAAGAAUAAUGAAACAAAUUUUUCAUUCCCUUAUCUUUCGGAGAAUAACAUGAGGGUGUCACUAUGGGCAGCACUCUUUGAACAGCUUCAGGAUAAAUCAGCUGAAACCAUUCAUAUUUACUGUUUGUCUACACUAAGAAUAUUAAGUCGUGACAAAAGUGAAGUAGAAAAUUUAAUUUGUGAAAAAUGGAUGAUAACAUUGAUAGAGAAAGCUGGCUUAUACAAUUUCCUUGAUGUAACUGACGAUGUAAAGGAAAAUUUGCCUAGUAAAGACGUUGCUGUGGAGGCUUUGAAAUGUUUGUGUAACAUUACAUUUAAUAGUGAAGUGGCCAGAGCAUUGUGUGCUCAUACAAGUAUUGCACAAGGACUUGUGGCAAGACUACGAUCAUACAGUGAAAUACCUUACAAGGAAGAUAUAAUACUCUUUGAUAUGAAAUUAUUAUUUAUUUUAACUGCUUUAAGGCAAAAUAUAAGAGCCAAAAUAAAAAAUGAGUUGCAUGGAAUGAUAUAUUUGAUAAAUUGUCUGAAUGACCUUGUGUCUGAGGCUACAGAGCAUAGAAUUGAAGCAUCAAAUGUUUGUAAACAUCAACAAGUCGUACUUACUGAUAAGCAAGAAUCAAUUGUAUGUGAAAUACUCAAAACCCAGUUUAAUAUGAUGUACCAUUCUGGUCCUGAUGAGGUUCUUAAUGCAGAAGAAGAAGCGUUGGUCUUGAAACUUAUGCCGAUUUUAACUGCUCUACUCACAGCUGAAACUAGUACUUGGGAUAAGUUGACAGAGCUACAUAUUAACAUAGCCAAUUUACUGACAUGUGUACCAGCAGAAUUUUAUCAGUACUUAUCUCCUGAAUGUAGUGAAGAUGAGAGUUUACAGUAUGUCUAUGAUGGAAAGAAUAUGGAAGCUGUGCAUGCUCUAUUGCAAUUGUUACAACACAGAUUAACCGUUACAACCGGUACAACUAAUGAAUACGAAAACCUUUCACCGAUUCUGACCGUAUUGAACAAAAGCGCUCGUAACGUACGAUCACAUCGUAAAUAUUUACGACAAACGGUGCUUCCGCCUCUGAGAGACGUUUCCCUGCCUCCGGAGAAGGGGAAUACACUUCGCAAUCAACUCUGCAGACUUUUGACUACGCCGGUCACGUCCGUGAGGGAUCUCGUUGCAGAAUUCCUGUUUAUUCUGUGCAAAGAGAAAGUGGGCCGUAUGGUAAAAUACACCGGUUUCGGUAACGCGGCGGGUCACUUGGCGCAGAAAGGUCUCAUGUGCGGUGGGCGUGGCCCCAUACAGUACUCGUCGAGUAGCGAAGACUCCGACACUGAGGAGUAUUUGGAGGCCCAGCCUCACAUAGACCCGGUCGUAGGAUGUACUCGGCCACCCAGGGUCGAUCCGUUUGAGAAUAUGACUGAGGAACAGAAGGAACACGAGGCUAUGAAGUUAGUGAAUUUAUUCGAUAAAAUGCUAUCUGAGGGCGUGGUCAAACCGGCGACGAUCGGCCCGGACGGAAAGCCCAAACCGCUAGAGCACGUCCUGGAGCUGAGGGAGAAUCCACCGAACAGGCCGCAGUCCUAAAUAUAGAAUUAGAUGGCUUUUUUUAUUUAUUUUUUUAUUUUCUUACAAAAAUAAAUCGCAAUCGUAAAGAAAGGGAUUCAUAGGAGUGAUUCUGCUUUAUAAAUAUUUCAAUUUUACUUGUCUUAAUGCCCUAUAAUCCCUAGAUGGGGCAGAGGGCGGCCACAGUGAGGCGUUUGCCAUUUCGUUCGGUCUUGAGCCUCGUAUUUCAGCCUCUCUUUGCCUCAUCUGCAACUGUACGACGCCAGGUUUGCUCGAGACGACCACGCUCACACGUUCCUUGCGGGUUCCAAUCAAGCGGCUGCUUGGCGUUAGGAUUGGAUAUCUUACGAGUGUAUGUCCCAUCCAUUUCCACUUGCGUCACUUGAUCUAGCUAAUAGGGGUUUCACGGCAGCGCUACCAAAGUCGCUCGUUAGAGAUCUCGGGCCAGUAGAUAACCAGAACAUGGCGAAGACAACGGAUGACGAAGAUUUGGAAUGUCUUUAUACAUUGAUUAAAAAACACCUAAAAGAAAAUAUAUAGUAGACUCGCUCACAAUCUCGUCGAAUAAUAGACGCACGCGUCUCUGUCCUUUGACUGAAUUAACUAGAGUUCAAGGUCAUGGUAAAGCAAAGCAGAAAAGCUGUGUGGGGAGUCUUUAUUUACCUUUAUUUUGAGGUUGAAUAUCCACUUUACAAUUUAUGGAUUCUGUAAAUUGAGUGUGCUCAAGAAAAACAAUAUUUGCAUUUAAGUCGGGGCCUAUAAUGUUGUAGAUAUAUUUAUAUUUAAUUAUAUUGCAUAUAUGCAAUUUUAUUAAGAAAAACUCCUAACGAUAAUUUUUAUAUUAUAUCUAUAUAUAAUUUAGCGCACACCAAACGUUUAUAUUAUUUCAAUAAAUUAAUUUACUCUUACUACGAACAAUAUGGUAAUUCAGAUAUGUAGUUACAUAUAAUAUGCAGCGCUUCGUGAGUGAAUUUCGACACAGAAGUGUGAACAUAUACUUUGUGUUAUAAUCGUUUUGCAAACUAUACAGAUUGUGUGGAAACAUUUCGCGUUGAAGUCCAUGCGAAAUCCAAUUUUAAAAUUACAUUGUCUCUUAAUUACGCUCACGGAGCACUGUGUUCAAUAAUUUCUGCUGUAAUGUCUUGUAGUGUCUUCACCUGUCACCUGUGUGAUAGGUUUUUAGUAAUCAUAGGUUAAGCAUAAACCAUAAUCAUUUUAAUCAUAGCAGUUUUACAUUUGAAUACAAAUUAUAUGUGUAUUAGGUGGGCUGAAAAGUUCGUAGGCUGACACAUCGGUGGCGCCUCGAGUAUUGAAUUGAUAUGAUUAUUAGUCAUAAUCUUCGAAAGACACGUUUUUAAAUUUAACGACUCGUACUAUUAGUUUGAGAAUACUAUACAGGGUGCCCAAAAAGUCGUGGAUCAAAUGCAACUAGGGGUUAAAUGUACAUCAGCUGCAAAAAAAAACUACGAAUUUAAAGACCUAUCUUUAAAUUCAACCUCUGCAGAGUUAUAAUUUAUUUUGUGUUUUUAUAAGAAAAUUGACCUUUUUUACGAAUUCUUACUAUAAUUCGAAAAAACCCCCCUAUUCUACACCCAUAUAUUUUUUCCAUAGCGGGGUCCGAAGUAAAUAAAUAGUUCUGUUCUGAGUAAAAAACGCAAGUUUUAACGCAAGGACUCAUCAGUACCAAUCUAGUGAAAAUUAUGAGAAAGAUUCAAUUUCCAGUAAAAAAAAAAGUCAAAUUUCUUUAAAAAAAUGCAAAAUAAACUAUUACUUUGCAAGAGUUGAGCAUAAGGACCUCCAGUAGAACAUUUUUUUUGCAGCAGAUGGCCUCAUGCAACCCCUAGUUGCGUUUGAUCCACGUCUUUUUGGCCACACUGUAUACAGUAAUUCCUCCUACAACACGGUUUCGCGUUGCAGGAAAUGCGUUGUAAGAGUAUUCUCGCAUAACGCGCUAGUAUGCCCCCAUAUAACGCGUUAUGUACCUACAAAUGAUUCACGUUUAACUUUUCUUGUUUAUGAAAUAUUAAGAAGAAACUAUAUUAUGAACGAAAUAUGUGCGUACAAUAUAGGUCACAGUACAGAAAUAUAACGUGAUCACCGUGUUUUAAGGGGGUUUACUGUACUUGGAGUGAAGGAACUUUUGUUUAAAAAAAUUAAUAAAAGCCAAUUUCGUGUGUAAAUAAAGCACUGCUUGCUGCCAAUAAAAAUACUAUUGGAGCCAAGGCUUGGCUUGAUAAACAUUAUUCGGACUCGGCACUAGAAACGAGGCGAAAUGAGCACAGAGGACGAAGCACUCAGUGGACGAAUAGGCUGCUGCCCCGACGAAAACAUCCACACAAGUCCACAAAAUAAUUUAUUAAUACCGAAAUGUGAAGUUGCUUAAGAUAGCUGAGACCCUAAACAUAUCAAAGGAACGUGUUGGACAUAUCCUAGAUGAAUAUUUGGAUAUGCGGAAGAUCUGUUCAAAGUGGAUGGCACGCGAGCUGACAAUCGACCAAAAACAACAACAAAUUGAUGAUUCUGAGCAGUGUUUAAAGUUGUACAAUCGUAAUAAAUCCGUAUUUUUUGUUUACAUCGGAGUCCAAUCGACGGAUAACCGACUCCAUAACAUGGCAUCAAGAUUGUGGGAUGCUCUAUAUUCAGCGACUUUCUUAAAAAGGGAAAAACCAUCUACA